UGUCGUAGCUCCUCCUCCUCUCUCCUCCCUCUCUUCUGUCUUCAUUCAGUGUGUUCAGCUCAUUCAAACCUGUGGAGCGUUCAGGCGUCUUUUAAAGGAAAACUGAAGGUUGUCAUUUGUCUCUUUUAAACCUGGAGGAGUUUUAAGGAUUAAUAUUGUGAGGGAUCAUUUUUGAGUUGAUGGGGUAUCAGAGGAGCGUGUGGCGCAGCUUGGCUGGAGGAGGAGGAGGAGGAGGAGAUGUGGCGGUGGUGAGGUGUUCAUGUUCAGAGGAGGAGGUGAAGAUCUCCUUCAGGAGCGUGGCGGAGGACCGGCGGCUCAGACGAGUGUUUGUCCGCCGCUGGUUCGGUGGACUGUCAGUGUCUCUGUUCUUCAGAUAUUUAGCUAAAGCCUCCAACGAGUGGUUAGCCGAGUCCCCCCGCCUGUCCACCGCCUCCAUCAGCAGCAAUGAGCGUGCUCCAUCGGCCACGCCGUCCGACUCCUCUGACCUGCCGUCGUCAGACCAGCGCCCAGUGAGCCUGAUCUCCACGCUGUCCUCGGGAUCAGGAUCCUCCAGAGACGAGAGCCUCGCCCCCCCGCUGCCAUCCUCCCAAACCUCUGACCUCGAGGUAGACCUGGACCUGAGCCCCGCGGGGGGCGGGGCAGACAACGAGGGGUCAAGGCCACGCCCACCACCUGACAGGAAGGGGCGGAGCCUCUGCCUCGUUCACAACAACAACAAAGAGUCGACCGGGAGUCGAACCUCCAGCCGCCGGCUGCAGGCGUCUCCGUUCAAAACCAGCAGCAUGGCACCGAACCCUCAGCUGACGUACCUGGACCGGGUCGUCAUGGAGAUCAUCGAGACGGAGAGGAUGUAUGUCAGAGACCUGCGCAUGAUCGUAGAGGAUUACCUGGCUCACAUCAUCGAUCAGUCUGAUUUGUUGAUUCGUCCUGAGCAGGUGUGCGCUCUGUUUGGAAACAUCGAGGACAUCUACGAGUUCAACAGCGAGCUGCUUCAGGCUCUUGACCUGUGUGACAACGACCCUGUCGCCGUUGCCCGCUGCUUCGUCAUGAAGAGUGAGUACUUCGAGAUCUACACACAGUACUGCACUAACUACCCAAACUCCGUCGCAGCGCUGACCGAGUGCAUGAGAAAUAAAUCUCUGGCCAAGUUUUUUCGUGAGCGUCAGGCGUUGUUGAAGCGAUCGCUGCCUCUGGGUUCAUACCUGCUCAAGCCUGUUCAGAGGAUCCUCAAAUACCACCUGCUGCUCCAGGAGAUAGCAAAGCACUUUGACCCUGAGGAGGAGGGUUAUGAGGUGGUGGAGGAGGCCAUCUACACCAUGACAGGUGUGGCCUGGUACAUCAACGACAUGAAGAGGAAACACGAACACGCCGUCAGACUACAGGAGGUUCAGUCUUUGCUGCUGAACUGGAAAGGUCCGGACCUCACCACAUACGGAGAACUGGUUCUGGAGGGAACCUUCAAAGUUCAUCGAGCCAAAAACGAGAGAACACUCUUCCUGUUCGAUCGCAUGCUGCUCAUCACCAAACGCCGUGGAGAACACUACGUCUACAAGGCGCACAUCUCUUGCUCCACUCUGAUGCUGAUUGAAAGCGCCAAAGACUCUCUGAGCUUCAGCGUCACGCACUACAAACAUCCCAAACAGCCUCACACUGUCCAGGCAAAAACAGUGGAGGAGAAGAAGCUGUGGGCUCAUCACAUCAAACGCCUCAUUCUGGAAAACCACCACGCCAUCAUCCCACAGAAGGCUAAAGAAGCCAUCUUAGAAAUGGAUUCCAUAUAUGCUCCCAGGUAUCGGUACAGUCCCGAGCGUCUGAAGAAAGCUCUGUCCUCUCAGUCUGAAGAGUUUCAUCGAGACGGUCGACAGGGACGACGACAGUCUGAGCCGACCAAACAAAUCCUGAGGAGCAGCAGAGCCAUUUUAAAGGUAAGACACAAAAAGUCCCUGUGGUUUAAUGUGAACUGUAGAGAAAUGAAACAUCAGCUGAUGGGGGGGGUCGGGUCGGGUCUGAGGAGUAGCACUGCUGUUCAGGUCUUCAUUAGUCCUAGAGGACAGCACACACUUCACAAGACUGAGAAUCAGGAGGUGUGUGACGUCCUGCAGCACUCGGACAGUGAGGGCAUGUUACCGGGGAAGAGGCGCUCUCUGCAGCUCGAGUCUGAGACCGACCGGCCCGCGGAGGAGGAGGAGGAGCUCAGCAACAGGAAGAACUCACUGGAGCGGCUGAUCUGCAGUGAGGAAGAAGAGGAGGAAGAGGCGGGGAGGUUGUCUCCACAGCACUCUCAUCAGACGGAGGACAGCGAGCCGGACGAGAUCCUGCUGGAGGACGAGCAGGUAGACGACUUUGCCAGCUCUGUGCUGGCCGCCAUCUCCUGCUGGCACUACAGGGUCCAGGCCUUUCUCUCUACCACAGGGACGGAGGCAGGCGGAGGCAGCAGCUCUCUUCACGACUCUAACAAAGAAAAUGGACAACAUCCUGAAGAAGACAAGGCAGGUAGAACUGAACCAACAUCUGAGAAGCCCUUCACAGAUGAGCUGCUGCAGGAGAAGACAUCAGAGUCUGAACCAACAGAAAACCCUGAACAAGAACCCUCAUCUGAUCCAGACCCUACUGUGAUCACACUAUCUCCUCAAAGGUCAGAGGAACUGAAACCUGAAAUAGAUCCAGAACCCACAGUGGAGCCGUUGUCUGCUACGCCUGAUUCAGAUUCAAAAACCUUGAGCAGUGGGGAGUCGUCUGAGGAUGAGGAGGAUGAUAAGGAGGCAGCAGAGAAGGAGGGUGAAGCCAAAAGCAUCCUUCCCUCCUCUGUCCUGGACAAAGCCAGUGCCAUCGCCCAGCACUUCACCAACAGCAUCAAACGAGGCAGUCUGGCCCAGGAUGACGCCCGUUCCCUCGACUGUGCUACACCACGGUUACCCAGCAGGACCGGCAGCAGCCUCAGCCUCAGCGCAGAGUCCGCUGACCAACCUUUACAGCUCAACAGCGUCUGUUCUGAUCCUCCAGAGACCUUCGGUGUGACAGAUCUGACCCUGCUGUCUCCUAGGGAUGAUAGCCUCUUUGAUCCCGACAGAGGCAUUCGACGAAGGCGGGACUCCACCCUGUCCAAACAGGACCAACUGCUCAUCAGCAAAAUCAAGAGUUACUACGAGAAUGCAGAGAGCCAGAACGCCACCUUCAGCCUCCAGCGCAGAGAGAGCCUGACGUACAUCCCGACCGGGCUGGUCAGGAGCUCUGUCAGCCGCUUCAACAGCAUCCCAAAGGAUAAAACUGUCCAGACAAAUCCCUUCACCUCAACCACAUCCUCCAGCCUCGACCCUUCCUCAGUGGAGUCACACUCAGCUUUACUCACAGAUACCUGUGAUCACAUGGUUUCCAGUGACUCUUUGGACUCUUUAAAGUCUGAUCAGAGAAGCACAGAUCCAGAAGAUUCAGGAGAAAGUUUCAGGUCCAGAUCUCAAAGUCUGCAGGAUAAUCCAUCUGAGGAUGAAGAGUUCAGACCUUCAUCUGAAAUGAUUAAGAUUUGGCAGGCGAUGGAGCGAGACAUCACCAGAUCCCAAAGUGAGGACAGAGGGGGUGAACAAUCCAGAGAAGCUCCAAGAAACUCCAGAGCAACCAACGUUGGCCUUUCUAACUUGUCAGCGACCCUGAACAAGAGCUGUGACCGAGACAGUGGAGGAUCUGACCUCAGCAUCAUCACAGAGGAAUCCACAAGUCCUUCACCCCUCAAGCCUAAAACCACUGGGGUGAAUCGGACAGGAAGUCAGAAGGACACUCUGAAGGUGUUUGGGGAUGAGGCUGUCCUUGUCAGGGUCCCAAUUCCUCGGGUCGCCCAGCUGAAGGCUGAGGCAGAGGGGGAAAAGCCCAGUGAGGAUUCAAACCAGGUGGACGACGUAGACAAAACAAAGAGCAAAGUCCUUCACCUUGCUCGUCAGUACAGCCAGCGAAUCAAAACGACCAGACCUGUGGUCCGACAGGGGCUCCUGAUCAACAAGAAGAGUUUACCCUGUGUGGUGGAGGAGAAGGAGAGCUCAGGUAAACCCAACCUGACUCUGACACUGGUUUCUCAUAACAAGUCAUCUUCUCUACCGCUGAGCCCCAUAGACCAGAUCCGGUCUCUGACGCCCAUCCUCACCUGCAGCUCAGUGGGCACCACAGGGUUGGUCUCCCCAGGUCGAGCUCGCUCCCGCAGUCCUCUCAGUCCUCCUCCCGUCGAGGGCUUCAACUGGCCCGACGUCCGAGAACUCCGCUCCAAGUACUCUGACCAUGGUCGGACCCAGAAGAGUCCUGUCGGCCGGAGUCGCUCCAUCCCAGACCAGAUGUUUGAUGGAAGUCUGAGGAGGCACUCCAGCUGCUCCUCCACCCACCUCCUCACUGAUGGAGCUUCUGUCAAGGGUCCUACCAAUGAACCUCGCAGCAGCCGGGACGCCAGCCGAGAGGAACGCAGAAAGCGGCUUCACAGAGCCAAUUCUCUGGACCAUCGUCUGAGCGGAGCACAAAUGACUGAGCUGCAGAAGCUCCAGGACCAGGUCGCUAAUGUUAACAAGGACAGUUACUUUGUCGCAGCCGAGGCACCGCUAUCCACUGACCCUGAACACAAGAUCAUCGUCAUAGAGAAACUUCCAGAGCCUGAGUCAGAGCCUGCAGAAACAGCCAAAGAAUCCAAAGAAGAGGAAGAUGACAACUAUGUUCAGAUCCGCUCACCAACCACCAGGGAGAAGAUCUCCAUCAUGGCUGUCAUCGACCGCUGCCGGGCCUAUCAGGACUCUGACGAAUACAGACAGAGGGAGGAAGCAAAAGCUAAACCUGAGCUGGCGAGGCCUCAAGAACUCGACAAGAUGGCAGCAUCCUCCACUGAUGAGGAUGAUGAGUCUCAGAAAACUCAGAGCUCAAACUCUGCACAGAAGACAGAGUCCGGUCAGCAGAGCAUCGUGAAAAAUCUGAGAGAAAAGUUCCAGAACCUGAGCUGAAGAAACAGAACGAUAAAAUUUUCUAAUAAAACUGUAAGACGUCAUCAAACUGCAUUAAUGAACCCAAAGAUUUAUACAUAAAAGGCUCAAACCUUGGUUGUUAGGUCAUGAGUUUAAAAAGUUCAUGUUUAACUUUUUUAAGUAGUGAACUGAUGGUCAGCAGCUUCCAGCAGAAAAUAAUGAAUUAUUCCAAAACAGACCAUUAUUAACAGCAGGUGAGGACAGUUUCUGCUUUAUUUCCUGUGAUUAUGAAAGAAUUAUUUGUCAUUAUUCUAAGUUAUUAUGAAUUGCCAAACAUGUAUGAAGUGGCACCACGUUGUAUUGAGAUGAUGAAAUAAUAACACUCAAUUUGUCAUUGUAACAUAAUUAUAUGUAUAAAAUUAUUGUGAUUUUUAAGAAAGCAAAAGUUUAGAAGACAAACUCUCUUGUGAUUGGCUCAAGAAAAACUUACAAGAUCUUUUCCCAGUGUCUUCUGUGACAUUUUGUAGAUGAAUAUCUCAAAAUAUGUAAAUAUCUUUAUACUGUCCUCAAGUAUAAAUUAUCUACAGUUGGAAUAUUUGGCAAAAGCACCUUUUUGUACUGGAUGUUGUGUUGCACAGUUUUACUUUUGUCAGUUUGUGUUUUUUCCUCUUCAGUUGAAACCAGAUUUAGGGAAUCGUCUCUACACUAAGGUUCAGUUUAGUUUGAGUCGUCUUCUCUUUACAGUUGUAAAACCUUCAUGUUAUAGUCACAGCAGAGACUUUGAUGCUGAACUGUAUAAGUUGAAGCUCAUGUGUGGAUUCAUGCUGCUGGAGGAUUAACCACUUAAUUUACCACUGCAGAAGUCACUUUGUUCAGUCACUCUUCACAGAUUUUGUGCUGGUGUUAUUUUAACAUUAAAGGAACGAUCCUUUAAAUCCAACAUUUUGAUUUGCCCUGUUGUCUUCUCCAGAAGACAAAAUGUUGGACUGUUCCUUUAAUCUUCAGCUGUUUGACAGAUUUUUCUCUGGUUCGUUGAAGAUGUUUGGUAACUUUAAGUGUAAAGACAUUAACAUCAUCAAAUGUCUUGGUCAUAACAGUGUUCAGCGUCUCACACUCAACCUGUAGACUGCAGCUGUUCAGAUAAACAUAUGGAGGACCCAACCUGCUUUACCACCACAAUAAAUGAAUGGACCGUUUUUUAAGUGGUCAAUUAAACACUGACAUUUAUUAAUUACAUUUAAAAAUAACUGGAUUAUUUUUUCUCAGCAGGAUAUUUUUUUUAUUAGUGAAAAUAAUUUUCUUUAUGAGCAGUUUUAUAUUUUUAUUCAACAUCCAAAUAAAUCAAUGGACCAAAGUGAUUUUAUCUUCACUAUACAAAUUAUUAUUAAGUGAAUUAUACAUUAAUGGGGAUAUCUCUCAGUUUAAUGUCUUUUAGUUUCUCUAAUUCAUGUUAAAGUUAUUUGGACAGUUUAUUGACUUUGUUCAUUUAUUGAUAAAUAAUCCAGGUUUUGUUCUCCGUACACACUAAUAAUAUGUUACUGUUCUCUGGAACAGAUUUUAGCAAAUUAGUGAGUCAAUUCAUUUUAGCCCGUUUGCUCAAUGGCACGCUGGCAGAUUCAAGAGUUGAACCUAUGACUCUUGUGUAACCACUUGUCCUCAGAGUCGACCACUGUUAACAGUUGGGUUCGUUCCUGUCCUGUUCCUCCUAUUUAUUUGAUCUGAUGUAAAUAGAAACAAAGACACUGUCUCUCUUUAACUGUGGUUAUAUAUGUGUGAGUGUUGUGUGAACAAACAUGUUUAUUGAUGGCCGUUUGUUCUGUUCCACAUUAAAAUCACACAAACCAGACCAA